UAUUAAACAACGCUUUCGAUACUCGGCUGACUCUGCUUUUCUCUGUACCGUCUCUCUGCCAAUUUGAUUAAAAACUAAAAAAAUAAAAAGCUUCAAAAAAAAUGGAGAAGAUGAUGGCGUUGAGAUCCGUUUAUAGAGCAGCACGUUUCAGAUCUUCCCGUUUUACCCCCAUCGCCGUCACGGCCGCCGUCAACCACAAUCGCCACUUGGUUUCCCGGAGUUUCUUCUCUAUCUCAUCGCCUAUCGCCCCUAAUCUGCCUAGAAACACCCCUUCUGGUGGGAGGUCGUCCUUUGCGUUGAGAUCGGGAAGCAUGCGCUAUUUUAGUGAAGAUGCAGCUCAUUUGCCUGACAUAAACGACACUGAGAUUCUGAAUGUUUUCAAGGACUUAAUGGCUGCAAGUUGGGAUGAGCUUCCCUAUUCGGUUGUACAAGAUGCAAAGAAAGCCUUAUCGAAAAAUACUGAUGACAAAGCCGGUCAGGAAGCUUUGAGAAAUGUUUUCCGUGCCGCUGAAGCUGUUGAAGAGUUUGGUGGUAUUCUAAUCACCAUGAAAAUGGAACUCGAUGACAGCAUCGGAGUGAGCGGAGAGAAUGUAAAACCUUUAUCAAGCGAGUUUGCUGCUGCACUUAAGACAGUGUUCCAACGAUACGCGACUUACUUGGAUGCAUUCGGUCCUAACGAAACCUACUUGCGAAAGAAGGUAGAGAAUGAGUUGGGAUCAAAGAUGAUCUACCUAAAGAUGAGAUGUAGUGGCCUAGGUUCUGAGUGGGGAAAGAUUACCGUUCUUGGUACCUCGGGACUCUCUGGAUCUUAUGUGGAACAAAGAGCUUAGCACUAAAUUGUUGAGACAUUUCAUGUGAACUCUUUUUUUUGUUCUGUUUUAGAUCAUGUUUAUGAAUAGUAGGAGACAAGUUGGUGUUGUUCUCCUAGAAAACCUUGGAGUUUGCUUGGAAAGCUAAAUAAAAAGGCUUAUGUUGUCAACAAAACAAUAAAUCAAAGUGUAAAAUCAUGUUUCUGAAAAUUUUUUUAUGGGAAAAUUUUGCAUGGAAAAUUUUAUGGGAAAA